AUGGUGUCUGCCAGUCAGCGCCCAAGCGCCGGUGCUUCACCUUCACCACCACCCAAUGCGAAAUUGCCAGAGAUUGACAGAGCGCAUCCUCCGCGACGAACAAGUCUAGGACAACUCUUGCGUCGAACAAAAUCCAGCGAGCUGAAGGGUAGCAAGAAGCAACAAGCUUUGGCCGCGCGAGAAGCCGAAGCCAGAAAGGAACGAGAGGCAGCUGCGAUUCCAAAGAGUCCUCCGCGCCUUCCAGAUCUGUACGGCGGUGCGCCUCCUCAGGUCAUAGAGUCGUUUGGUGGUGAGGAUAGACCUGAUUCUGUUGCCAUUAUCUCGGGGCGAGUUGGUCAAGGUCGCGCAUCAAUGGACCAAGGACGAUCUUCUGCUGCGACGGGCAGUGUGCCUAUUCCUCCAAUUCCAAAUAGUGGGAGCAGAAAUGGUGACUGGGUUGAUCCGUACGCUCGUACUGAGAGUAUGACGCAUCGUGGGCGUUACAGUUAUGCCAGCAGUGCUGUGAGCACGAUCAACAGCCCGAGAAGAGUCAGGAGACGGAAGGAUCCUACUCCAUUCAAUAUCCUGAUUAUCGGUGCUAAGUCCUCUGGCAAGACCUCCUUUCUCAAUUUCCUCAAGACAUCCCUCGCACUUCCAGUAAAAAAGAGAUCCGCGCGAGCCCCUGAGCCCCUCAAUGAUGAUAUUUUCGCACCUCCUGGACAAAAGUCUGGAAACUUUGAUUCUCAUUACUUGGAGACUGAGAUUGAUGGGGAGCGUAUUGGAUUGACGUUGUGGGACUCGGAAGGUUUGGAGAAGAAUGUGGUCGAUCUACAACUCCGGGAAAUGUCUUCAUUCCUGGAGAGCAAAUUCGAGGAGACCUUCACCGAAGAGAUGAAAGUUGUCAGAGCUCCUGGUGUUCAAGAUACCCACAUUCAUGCAGCAUUUCUCAUUCUGGACCCAAUUCGACUGGAUCAGAAUAUCGCGGCCGGAAGACAAAAUCCAAAUGGCAACGGUAAUGGCACGAACGGAAAAUACACAUCUACCCCUCGCAUAGUUGGCGGACUGGAUGAGGACCUCGAUCUACAAGUCCUACGCACAUUACAAGGCAAGACAACGGUUGUCCCGGUCAUCUCCAAAGCCGAUACAAUCACCACAGCGCACAUGAGCUUCCUCAAAAAGACAGUCUCCGACAGUCUCAAACGAGCCAACAUCGACCCUCUCGAAGCCCUCGGCCUAGACGAUUUCGAAGAAAGCCGCACCGAAAAUCGCAUCGACGAGGCUGACGAACCCGAUUCCGAAGACGAAAUCGACGAUCUUCCUAUCCAAACCCCUGAAGCAAGUUCAACCCCCAACUCCAAGCGUUUCUCCUCAGGCUCCGUCCGCCGUCAUAAACGCAAUGAAAGCGAUCCGGAAGAGACACCCUACCUCCCUCUCUCCAUCAUCAGCCCCGAUAUGUACGAGCCUGGUAUCAUCGGUCGCCGUUUCCCCUGGGGUUUUGCGGAUCCAAUGAAUGCCGAGCAUUGCGAUUUCGUGAGACUGAAGGAGGCCGUGUUCAGCGAAUGGCGUGGCGAGCUACGGGAGGCGAGUCGUGAGCUUUGGUAUGAGGGAUGGAGAACUAGUAGACUUAAGCAUCGAGAGGGUAAACCUGUUCCUAGACGAUGA